UGCGACUGCAAGCUGCCGCUCGCCUCCGAGCUCACCUGCUUCUCUCGCGACGGCAACAUUUACUGCAAGGAGGACUACUACAGAGAUGCUGCACCCCUCGGAGCUGUCCUCGUCCAUGGAGUCCCUGGGGUACGACUCGUCGGUGACGUCACCGGGGAACCCGGCCGGCCAGCAGCAGCAGCAGCAGCGCACCAAGCGCAUGCGCACCUCCUUCAAGCACCACCAGCUGCGCACCAUGAAGUCCUACUUCGCCAUCAACCAGAACCCGGACGCCAAAGAUCUUAAGCAGCUCGCGCAGAAGACGGGGCUGUCGAAGCGGGUCCUCCAGGUGUGGUUCCAGAACGCGCGCGCCAAGUGGCGGAGGAACCUGAUGCGGCAGGAGGGCGGCGGACAGGGCGGCCCCGGCCCGCCGUCGGUGGGGCCGCCGUCGGUGCUGCUGGGCGACAGCAACAGCCUGCCGCCGCCGCCCACGCCCGAGGACUUGCACCAGCACCACCACCCCCACCACCACCACCACCACCAGCAGCAGCAGCACCAGGCGCCGGUGCCGGCGCAGCCGCAGCCGCUCAGCUUCGCCGACCUCUACUAG